AAAUGGUCCUCAAACUUAUUUUACUCACUCCAGUUUAACUCCGUUUACAGUGUAACUUUUGAGUGAUUUAGCAGGUCGUUUGGUUCCAAAAUUACAUGGGAUAUUGACAACAUUUCUAUAAUUUUUUUUUGUAUCAACUAGAACGGAUUUUCUAAAAUCAUGGAUGCCUUUUAGUUGCUUGGCUUUACAAGGGGAUGUGAACAAGAAUUUGAGCGGAGGCGCAUAUUUACCUGUGCUAUAGUAGGGUGGAAAAUGUCAAGCGCUUUGUCUGAGUCCCAACAUCUGAGACAAAAAGCACAAACCACCAUCUCUAACCACAAGGGUAAUGUUUUUGCAGAGCCACAAGCCCUGGCAAAAUCACCAAGGAAAGCUUCUAACCAAAACACUGUAACAGAGAUCCAAUCCAACAUGGGGCCCCUUACCACCCCCACUAAAGGAACUGGUGGAACUGGUGAGCCCUGGACCCCAACCUCUAAUUUGAAAAUGCUGAUAAGCGCUGCCAGCCCUGAGAUCAGGAACAGAGAGAAGGAGCUGUGUGUGGACGAGGGAGGGAAUGCCGUCGACUCGUCACAGGAUUGUGAGCUCGGAGAAGAAGUGGAAAAACAGAUCAGCAGGAAGGAGAAGAGUCUCGGUUUACUCUGUCACAAGUUCCUGGCUCGCUACCCUGAUUACCCCAACUUGGCCCUCAAUAAUGACAUCAGUCUUGAUGAUGUUGCCACGGAGCUCAACGUGGAGCGCAGGCGCAUCUACGACAUCAUGAAUGUUCUGGAGAGCCUUCACAUGGUCAGCCGGCUGGCCAAGAACCGCUACACGUGGCACGGGCGCGCCAACCUGCCGCAGACCCUGGCUAAGCUUCGUCAGGUGGGCGAGGAGCACCGCUAUGGGCAACAGAUGCAGCUGAUCCGCCAGCGCAGCCUUGAAAAGGAGUUUGAUUCAGACAGCGAGGAGAAGGAGAACGAGGACGAGGCAGAGGGUGGAAAGCAUGGCCAGAAAGAGAUGUUCUUCGUGGAGCUCCCUGGGGUAGAGUUUAAAGCAGCAUCAGUGAACAGCAGAAAAGACAAGUCUCUGAGGGUGAUGAGCCAGAAGUUUGUCAUGCUGUUCCUGGUGUCCACACCAAGGCUGGUCAGUCUAGAUGUGGCUGCCAGGAUCCUAAUCGGUGAAGACCAGGUUGGCGACCAGGACAAGAGCAAAUUCAAGACCAAGGUCCGCAGGCUGUAUGACAUAGCCAACGUGCUGCGGAGCCUGAAGCUGAUUGAGAAGGUCCACGUAACCGAAGAGAGAGGGAGGAAGCCGGCCUUCGAGUGGACGGGACCUGAGGAUUUCCCUGAUGUGAAAGACACUGCAGGCACUACAACCAUCACCAAAAGGAGCCUUGAGUCCCGUGCGUCUGUGGAGAACUGUGCCAAAAACCUCUUCUCCUCUCCAGGGAGCAAACGCAGCUUCACCCGCCACCCCUCCCUAAUCAAACUGGCCAAGAGCAUCCAGGAUGACCGGCGCAAGAUUAACUCUGCUCCCACCAGCCCGGUUAAAGUUGAUUCAUCGAGUAGUGAGUUUUUUCCCACAAAAAUGGCCCAACUAGCAGCCAUCUGUAAAAUCCAGCUUGACCAGCAAUCUAAGAGAGUUAUUGACAGAACUCCUGAGCCCUGUGUUACUGAUGCGAUGACCAAGGCCAUGUCCGUAAACACCGAGCUUGAACAACAGAAACCUGCUAAAACCCCAGAAGCACCCCAGCCAGCAGUAUUAACGCCCACGGAACCCCCUGCCAGCACCAUCCACCUCACCCCGCAGGCACCCUUCACAACCCAGCCUAUGUCCUUUCACCCAUCCCAGUGUUCGCCGCUCAUUCCUGUGCUGCUACCCCAACACCAAGGAAGCGGAUCCUACACCAUCUACAUGCACCCUUCCUCCUUCAAGCCACACUCCCUGGCCAGGCCUCAACCGACCAGCCUCGCUGUGCGCUCCAUGACCUUUGAGGAAAAGACAGGACGCAGCCCCAGUGAUGUCCCAGGCCACUCGCCUGCAGCGAACCAGCUGCUCACCGGAAGCCCCUUGGGACUUAAACGCAUGUGUUCAGAGAGAUCUUCUGAGGGAAGCCCCUCAAAAGCCAAGAGGAUAGAUCCGAACACCAGAGACACGUCCCCUAAGCUGUGCGAGAUCCUCCAAGCUCGUCUGAAGGCGCGACGCAGGGGUCUUCUCUCGAACAGGCCCUCGUCCCGGGCCCUUCACCUGGAACCGGAGUUCGUCAACACCCCAGGAAGCUCGGCGGCAGCAGUCAAUCAAACACUGGAGCAGAGCCUAGAGACCUUCCUGGAGAAGGAGGAGAAAGUUGCCACGUGGGACGGCGAGGCCGGGCUCACGCCAGUCAGAGCGAUCCCGCUGACUCCACAGCCGCUACACACAGAGACUCUGAUCCCCACGUGCUACCUGAUCCCCAUCUCCCAGCAGUCUCUUUUCAGCUACAAAGACUCCCACAGCACAGAGAGCAGCAAGGCCUCUGUGUCCACCUACAACCUCUACCACACACCCACUGCAGGUUCUGGAUCUCCCCCGGUUCAGGAUUACACCCCGACCAGCAUCCAUCGCCCCACCUCCGCCUCGCCUUUCCCUACCCAGGGCCACCGCUUCAACAGUCCCAGCCCUGCCAUCCUUAACUUCACCCUUCAGAACCUUGGCCUCAUCCCCGGGCCUGGUUCUGGGCCUGCUAACAGUCCCGGCAUUGCCCAGACCCCGGAGCCCCCCUGCUCCAUACACAGUCCCUUGCCUCCGCAUCUGGGCCUGCAGCAGAGGGGCGGCAUGGUCUUCAUUAAACCAAUGUCCCCGGUGCCGGUCCAAAACCAGAUGAUCGGACAAGGCGGUCAACCACUAACUCUAGUCAGCCUUCAGCAGAUGACCACGCCCAAAGGGACGGCCCUCCCCCAGCACAGUUUCUUCCACACACCCGUUUCCCUCUCACCGCUGGCUAGCGUCGUCCCCACCACCCCAACCGGCCCUGGACACACACUGCCGGCCGGUGCCAAACCUGUUUACAUCCCUCAGAGAAAGUUGGAGGUGACCACUCAGGAUACCUAAAGACUGCUGCUACACAACUUGUGUGUGUCUUUACAUGUUUGUGUGUGUUUCUGCAUGGAUUUCUACAUUCUGUCUUAUUUUUAGAGGGUAAUGUCAGUUGAGUGAUUUUGUGUUGGCUCCAAAGGAUUUAAUCCUGAAACUAGCCGAUUUGGUAAUUCAAUACGCACAGACAAGACAACAAAGUAUCUGAACGUGGUGCAGAAUCUCCACACUGAAACGGCCUCCUGUCACUGCUAGCUCUAAAUAUAACUCUGACUGAGAGACCAGUGGUGGUCUAAUCACCAAACCUAAAUACUCUUUACCUUAGGGUUUUAAAGAGAUGCCAUGUGCUGGAUAUUACCAUGUAAUACUACUACAGGAUGCUUUGUUACCAGUCUGUGUGGAAAUAUGACUGGGGAUCAUAAACCAGUUGGUAUUAAACUGGGAAGGGAUUCCAUAGAUAAAAUAUUACAUUGUCUAAGUCUGUAUUAUUUCAGUUUUAAAGGUUUCAUUGACAAUGUGUACAAUGCUGGGUGAGCAUUCCUCUGAGAACAUUUGUGAAUAUCUUCAUUUCAACAUGUCACUGAGAAGAACUACAAUGUAUACUCAGAACACUGUGGUGCACCUAACUUACAAAAACUUGUACUCGAAGUAUUGUUGAUCUGUAUGAAUGUGUGUAAGGAAAUCCUGGUAAGAUUGCUGAGAUUACAAUUUUGCACUGUGUAAAUGGAUAACUGUUAGCCAUAAAAAGCCAAAGUGUAUGUGAUGAAAUUGUAAGAGAUGAAUGUAUGCAAUGGAUUCCUAACCAAGGCUGAUCAGGCAAUUGUAAUUGGAGCUCACUUUAUAGGGAAUGGACUUUCAGCAUUACAUUAAUUUCUGAUGUCAUAGAAUGUAAAAUGAUAAAUAAACUAUUAUCUGUUCAUGUA